UAAAACAAUGAGUUAAUCAGGUCCCUUCCGUCUCGUUUUGUCUAUUAUUCUGAAGAAGACAGUUACACUCACCAUAUACAGUACAGUACGUUUAGACUCCGCCACCGCGUCGACAGCAACAUGCAUGUAUUGACUAACUGAUAACAAGCGCUGAGCACUACAGCGUGUCGGAGUACGAUGCUAAUUGGUGCACAAACAGGUGAUCUACUAAACAACGUUUUCUGCUCUCGGUCACUUAUAAAAUGCGUUUACUCCUAGCCCUCUCCGUCACGCUAACAUCCAUAACAUUGUGUUGGGGAGCCCGCAUAUUGGCUCUGCUACCUGUUAACUCUCGUAGCCACUUUAUAGUGAUGGAGCCUCUACUUCUGGAGCUACGCAAGAGAGGGCAUCACCUCACAGUUGUCUCCAGUUUCCCCCAGAAGGAGCCGUUGCAGAAUCUUACAGAUAUCGACUUCUCCUCUCAACUUCCACCACCUACCAACCUCUUUAGCAUCGGCAUCAUCCGAGAGAAGUUGAGAAGCAUGUACAGUGCAGCGUCCUUCAUAAUAGAGUUUCACUUGAACGUUUGUAAUGAAGUUCUAAGAAAUAAAACCGUGCUAAACCAUUUAAAUAGAGAAAAAUUUGACCUAGUUAUAGGGGAAAUUUUUGGCGCUGAUUGCUUCAACUAUUACGCUUACAAAAUGAAAGUUCCUUUCAUUAGUUGGGUAUCCAGUACCAUGUUACCUUGGGCUUCUGAGCGGAUCGGGCUCCCAGAUAACCCUUCUUAUAUACCUAACUAUUUCGUUAACUACAGCCCAGAAAUGACAUUCUUCCAACGAAUUUUCAACACGGCUUCUCUUUAUUUCAUAAAUACACUCUAUUACUAUCACUCAGACCUCCCUGUCUGGAGAUUGGCUGAAAAUGUUUUUGGAGAGAAACUUCCACCCAUAGAAGAAAUUAAUAGACAAACGUCAUUAAUUUUGUUAAAUAGUCACUUUUCACUUUCACAAAGUCGGCCAUUCACCCCUAACAUUAUCGAAGUUGGAGGAAUUCACAUAGGGGAUGUCCAACCCUUACCGAAGGAUAUAAAAGAAUUUUUGGAUAACGCUAACAAUGGAGUGAUUCUUAUGAGUUUCGGGUCGCUAGUGAAAGUUUCCUCUCUGCCUCCACAAUUGAUCCGAAUGUUUCUGGAUGUGUUCGCAUCUCUGCCACAAAGGGUUAUCUUCAAGUAUGAGGAAGAUGGUCUAGAAGUUCCAUCCAACGUUAUGUACAAGCAUUGGCUUCCUCAAUCCGAUAUUAUAGCCCAUCCUAAUGUUCGAGUUCUGAUAUCACAUGGAGGGCUGGCCAGCACUACAGAAGCCGUCCACCAUGCUAAACCACUUAUUGCCAUACCCUUUUUUGCCGAUCAAUUUAAAAAUGCAUGGAACGUGAUAUAUCGGGGUGGUGGCAUUUUACUGGACUUCGACAGCAUCUCUCAGAAUGAAUUCUCCCAGGCACUCAAGGCAGUGCUGAAGAAUCCAGAUUACACACAGAACAUGAGACGAUUAUCGCAACAGUUCCGGGACCGGCCGAUGACGCCGCUGCAAACAGCAGUGUAUUGGACAGAGUACGUCAUCAGACAUCAGGGGGCGCCACACUUACGACCGGCCUCUGUCAAUCUGCCGCUCUACCAGUACUUACUGCUUGACGUAAUCGCAGUACUUGCUACUUCCUUAGUAGCAGCCUUAUUCAUUUUUUAUCACGUCAUAAAAUAUACCUUUAAAUGUGCGAAAAUAGCUUUAUACACACCGAGAAUAACAACAAAAAGUAAAAACGAAUAGUUUCGGAAAUUUACGGUUCCUUUAUAAGAAAAAUAUUGGAGUUCAUGAAUGUCAGUCAAUAGGGUAGAAAAUGAGUAGAUUGAGCUGGUAUCCAAUAAAUAACGUAAUACUCUUUAUAAAUGAAAUUCCUAAAUAUUAUUUGCAAGCCAUUUUAAUUAUAACUUUUGUUAUUGUGUAUAAAAAGGAAUAAUAUAUUUUCCAUUCUGAAACAUAAUUUGAUGAUAAAUUAUGUCACACCAAUCAAUCCAUCAUGGUCAAAAAAUUAGUUUCUUUUAAAUGAGAAAAUAUUUAUACAACGUUAACAUUCAUCGCAGAGUUACUGGUGCGUGAGACUCAUAACCAAAAAAAUAUACCGGUCCAGAUAUUGUUUCCUCUUGAACUCCUCCUUUAUACUCUGCAACUUUGAUGUCACAUAAACUUAUCUUUUCUUGAAAUUAAGCACUUCCAAAAGACAAGUUUUAAGAAAAAAGUGUCCGAUCAUAUUCUGGACCAGCCUCUUAUCCUUAAUUCUUCUUAUCAUUUUAUCUUCUUACAGGCGUCAUCUUGAAGAGUUUAUUUUGAAAAUAAUCAUGCUUUUUAAAAUACGGAUCAGGUACAAAUGUACCUCAUAUAUUCACGUCUCUCCUAAUAGUGUAAUUUUAAAAUCAAAUAAUUUAUAUACGUAAUAUGAAGUAUUUGAAUGUUAUUCUGUAUGGAACUGAUGUAUGAAUGAAAAAAGAGAGAACUCUUUAGUUCUUGUAGUAAUACUCGUAUAUUGCAGAGUAUCAAAUGCCUAAAUUGUCUUGUACUAGUUUCGCAGAAUCAAGUGUAUCAUCUAGCAACUACAUCUUACGUUUGGUAUGAAGUGAAAACUUUGUCUUUUUAAAUAAAAAUAUUUGAAUAUGAA